AUCAUUGCACUGUCAAUAUUUUCUCGUGUCGCCCAUCGCCAUAGAUAUAUCCUAUUAAUAUUUUUUCAAUCAAGAAGAGAAGAAAGAGAAGGUGGAGAGUGCGGAGGAGAGGAUAGAUCGUCGUAAUAAUCGUGAUCGGUUUCCAUGGAAGUUGGCCGGAAAAUGGCAAGCAUGUUGCAGGCUGAGCACGGUGGCCUGAAUCUGAAAGCCACCGAGCUCUGCCUUGGCCUCCCCGGCGCCGGCGGCGGAGGAAAUGAAAGUGAGUCGUUGAAGAUCACCGGAAAACGAGGGUUUUCCGAGACCGUUGACCUCAAGCUCAACCUUCAGUCCGCCGCCGACUCCUCUCUGGAUCUCAAGGAGAAGAUGAAGUCUCCUUCAAAGGAACCUAACAAGGAUCCCAUCAAGCCCCCAUCCAAGGCUCAGGUGGUGGGGUGGCCGCCGGUGAGGAAUUACCGGAAGAACAUAAUGGCUCAGAAGAGCAGCCCGGAGGAGGCCGCCGGAGAGAAGAGCGGCGGAGGGCCGGCGGCGUUUGUGAAGGUGUGCAUGGAUGGAGCGCCCUACCUUCGUAAGGUGGACUUGAAGAUGUAUGAAAGCUACCAACAACUCUCUGAUGCUCUUGCCAAGAUGUUCAGCUCCUUCACCAUGGAUGCAGGUAACUAUGGGGCCCAAGGCAUGAUAGAUUUCAUGAAUGAGAGGAAGCUGAUGGAUCUCCUAAACAGCUCAGAAUAUGUGCCCACCUAUGAAGAUAAGGAUGGAGACUGGAUGCUCGUGGGGGAUGUACCCUGGGAGAUGUUUGUUGAUUCAUGCAAACGCCUACGCAUAAUGAAAGGAUCAGAAGCAAUUGGACUUGCACCAAGAGCUGUGGAGAAAUGCAAGAACAGAUGCUAAUAAGCUAAGGCAUACACUACAUAUCAAGUUGUGCAUGAAAGAAUGGGAGGAAGAAGCUAAGGGGUUCAUAUAUGCAUGAUGUGAUGUUAUAAUUGUUUGAUGAUGAUGAUGAUCUGAGUAUUGUGUCUGUAAGUUUUUAUUUGAUUCAUAGUAUACUGAUACUUAUAAAACAUCUUUUGGACAUUAUUUGUAAUGGACAAGAAGCAAAAACCUUAAACCCUAUGUCUGGCUUGUUUAAUUACUAAUUCAUGGCUUGUUGCAGCUUAUUAUAA